AUGCGUUUCAACAGUUCAGUCUUGAUUGCGGCUCUGGUAGCCUUGGCUUCGGCGACCCCCAUGUCGGAAAACAGCAUCCGCGACGAUGAAGCAAGCUGUACCUGUGGCAGCGACAUGCUACAGAGGAGCUUCGAGAAGUGCGUCUACUACAAUGUGGAGAGCUCCCCAUCAUGCCAGGCCAAUGAGGCUUGUGUGUACGAGCAGACAUUAUCAUGCGCUGAGAAAAACGGGUGUGAAUGCCCCGACCUGAAACCCCCUACGAGCACUGGCACACCGACACCAACUCCGAGCCCUACCCCAGUUCCAACCACGCUCCAGAUCAUCACAAUAACGGCGAUCCCUUCCUCGACCCCUUAG